AUGGGUAUAAAUGAAGUGGUGGAUGAUCUGACUAAGAAGGAUGGUAAGACGUUAGUAUUUGUACUUGGACAAGAAUCCCGAGAUAAAAUAGAGGCUGGACUUAUAAGUCGUGACAACAGCCUAUUUACGAUUGAAAAGAGUCGGCAUGAUAUAAAGAUUUUAUUCUUGAAUAAAUUACAAUAUUUAUUUAUGUUUUUAAUGAAAUUGGAAGCUGAGAAAACAUGUAUAUAUGAUAAUAUUGUAGUAUUUGGACUAGAUUCUUUAGUAUGUGAUAAAGAUAAUGUUGAAAUGACAAGAUUAUUAAAUCUUAUUCUGAGUACACUUUAUAAGGUGCACCGUGUACAUGAUCUCGAUGGUAUUAUCAUUGAAUGGUUUGAUACCACGAAGGAUAUGAGUAUCCUUGAUAAAAUGGUAGAUUAUUGGAAAUUCCUCUUGUGUUAA